AAUCUCCCCAGAACAGUGCCGUGUCCCCUGCCCCCAGUCCCCAUGGUGUGAUCUCCCCGGGAACUGUCCCAUGUCCUACUCACCCCGUGCCUGUGAUGGGAUCUCCCUGGGAUGGUUCCACAUUCUCCCAGUCCCCGUGGUGUAAUCUCCCCGGGGGUUGGUGCCGUGUCCCAUGUCCAACUCCACAUGUCUCCAUGGUGCCAUCUCCCGGGGACAAUGCCACAUCUCCACCUCCCUGUCCCAUAGUGCGAUCUUCCCAGGGACGGGGCCAAGGCCUCCUGUCCUGGAUCCACAGGUCUGGUUCUGUGGCCCAAGCUUUGGAACAACUUCUGUGAGGAAAACCCUGCAGCGUGCCAGACCCAACUCUUCCUCCAGGAUAAGCCACGUGGCUUCACCACCUCCUAGGCUGGACCUCUGGUCCAUCAGCACCCUUGCUUCAUACUUGUCGGUGAUUGGGCUCAUGUAUGCGUUGCUGCAGCUGGGUGAGUGCUGGCCUGAGCGCAACAGCUGUGGUGCUGGGGCUGAACUCAGAGCAGGGCAGCCCUGUGACUGCUCCCAACACCUGAGAUCGGCCAGUGACCUCAUUCAUGGCAAGGACAAGAAGAUCUCCCAGCUGCUGAGUGAGGUGAAGCGGCUGCAGGCACGAGGAAGGGGCCCAGAGCUGGAGGGACAGGCACUGCCCAUCAUCUAUGCCAUCACACCUACCUAUGCCAGGCUGGUGCAGAAGGCUGAGCUGGUGCGCAUCUCGCAGACCUUCCUGCACGUGAAGAACUUCCACUGGAUCGUGGUAGAGGACUCCCCAGUGAAGACCCAGCUGGUGUCGGAGUUGCUGGCCCAGAGCGGCCUGCGCUUCACCCACCUGCACACGGAGACGCCCAAGGAGCACAAGCGCAAGGAGAGCGACCCCAACUGGCUGAAGCCCCGUGGUGUGGAGCAGCGUAACCUGGCCCUGCAGUGGCUGCGGGAGAACCGGGAGCUCAGUGAGGAGGGUGUGGUCUACUUUGCCGAUGACGAUAACACCUACAGCCUGCGCCUCUUUGAUGAGAUCCGCUCCACCAAGCGUGUCUCAGUUUGGCCUGUGGGGCUGGUGGGUGGCCUGCGCUUUGAGCGCCCCCUGGUGGAGAAGGGCAGGGUGGUGGGCUUCUACACAGCCUGGAAGCCCAACCGGCCCUUCCCCAUGGACAUGGCCGGCUUCGCUAUUGCUCUGCAGCUGCUACUGGCGAAUCGGGAGGCCCGGUUUGACUUGCUGGCUGAGCGUGGCUACCUGGAGAGCAGCCUGCUGCAGUCACUGGUCUCCAUUGAAGAGUUGGAGCCCCGAGCUGACAACUGCACUAAGGUGAGGAGGGGGCUGGGAGCCAGGACUCCCGGGUUUUAUCCGUGGUGUUGGGAGCGCAGUGGGUCGAGUGGGUUAGGGCAGGAGGUCAGGACUCCUGGGUUCUAUUCCGGGCUGGGAGUGGGGAAUGUGAAAUUUUGCCUCUUAGCAGGAUGGUCCCAGGUGUCUUCAGUCCCCCAGCUAUGGUGACUGGCUGGGGGUGCUGGUUGGGGGAGGGGCACAGUCUGGGGAGAUCUCUCUGGACCCCACCUCUGUCCUGCACUCCUCCAUUGCAGGUUCUGGUCUGGCACACGCGGUCGGAGAAGCCCAAAAUGAAGCAGGAGGAGCUGCUGCAGAAGCAGGGCCUGGGCUCUGACCCAAGCAUCGAGGUGUGAGUGGCACCUGGAGCCACGGUACAGGGAGGCCCGUUUGGGGAGCUGGCCCAGAACCUAGGACAGGAUCAGGGCGCUGCCAGAACAAUGGACUUGGGGGCUGAACGCCCCAGACUGCUUUAUUUAUUGUGACGUUCAGGGGCCCUGCCCCAGCCCCCACCCCACUGGCGGAGCAGCUUCUAUCCCAGCAUCUCCAGUGCUGCUGCUCCCUGCUGAGGGAGCCCCCCCCAACCCAACAUCCUGAGCUGCUACUGCCUGGAAGUCAGCUGCUCCAGGAUUUAUUCCCAUUGAACCUCCCCGCCCAGGACCCCUUCCCCCUGCCUAGCAUCUCAGUGUGCAGAUCUACGGGACCCUAGCCCCGCUGCAUGGUGCCUGAGGAUGGCAGCUCUGGUCCUGCCCUGCUGGGCAGGGCUCCUAAGGGCAGUGGAGCUGUGAGUGAGUGUGACACUAUGUUCCUCCCCACACCCACCCCACUCACCAGUGGGUUGGGAUCCCCUCCCCAGCUUCAGGGAGCCCUGUGUGUCCAUGUUGUGUGUGUGGCUGUUGCAUGAACGUGGUGGCUGUUACAGCAAUAAGCAUGAUAUAUCCUCAAUAAAGCGCCCAUCCCCCACUA